CAGAUGAGGCAGAGUUGGAGUGAAGAACAGAUCGUACUUCUCUUGCUCUUCUACUGACUUCAGUUUUUUCUCAUCCUUCCACAGCAGCCUCUACUACCUUUUUCUGAACAUCAUGAAUGCACUCAGCUGUGGAUGAACUGAAUCCAAACUGCGGUGAGGGCCAGCGAGCGAGUGCCAGCCUCCAGGCAUGUGAGCCGGAGCUGGCCGGGUGAAAGAUGACUUUGCUGGCUGGGGAUGGCUCCGACUAUGACUACAGUGCCCUGAGCUGCGCCUCAGACACCUCCCUGAACCCGCCGCCUGUCCAGGAGCGUGAAGCCCUCAAGGGUGUUUACUACAAGCGGGCCCAGUGUCUCCUCUCGCCUGAUACUGCCGAUGUUGCGGCCUGUCCGGCCGAUGGCCAGCGGCUACACGUCAUCAUCAACGUGGGUGGCUUGCGCUACCAGCUGCCGUGGACCACGCUGGAGGACUUCCCGUUGUCGCGCUUGGGCCAGCUGCGCCUGUGCAGCAGCUUCGACGAGAUCAUGCGCGUGUGCGACGACUACGACGUGGCGCGCAAUGAGUUCUUCUUUGACCGCAGCCCAUGCGCCUUCCGCACUAUCCUGACCUUCCUACGUGCCGGCAAGCUUCGUUCACUGCGAGAGAUGUGCGCCCUCUCCUUCCGCGAGGAGCUCCUCUACUGGGGUGUGCCAGAGGAGAGCCUGGAGUGGUGCUGCCGGAGGCGCCUGCUGCAGCGCGCUGAGGAGUGUGAUGAGCUGGAAAGGGCGGCCGAAGAAGAGGAGGAAGAGGACGAGGACGAUGAGGAGAGUGAAGGUGGCCUGGCGGGACAGUCCCGGCUGGGCCGCUGCAUGGGCAAGCUGAGGGACAUGGUGGAGAAGCCCCACUCGGGACUUCCUGGCAAAAUAUUCGCCUGUCUCUCGGUGCUUUUUGUCACCAUCACGGCCAUCAACCUGUCCAUAAGCACCAUGCCUGCUAUGAGAGAGGAGGAGGAGGAUGGUAAGUGCUCUCAGAUGUGCUACAACAUCUUCAUCGUGGAGACAGUGUGCGUGGCCUGGUUCUCCCUGGAGUUCACACUGCGCUUCAUCCAGGACCGAAGCAAGCUGGCCUUCCUCCGUCGCCCACUCAACCUCAUUGACGUCGUGGCCAUUCUUCCCUACUACAUCACGCUUGUGGUGGACAGCACCUCCGCAGGAGAGAAGCGUCUAGGCUCUGGUAGCACUUACCUGGACAAAGUGGGCCUCGUGCUGCGCGUCCUUCGUGCCCUGCGCAUCCUCUAUGUGAUGCGGCUGGCCAGGCACUCGCUUGGCCUCCAGACUCUGGGCCUGACAGCUCGCAGGUGCACGCGCGAGUUUGGCCUUCUGCUGCUCUUCCUUUGUGUGGCCAUUGCGCUCUUCUCACCACUCCUCUACCUUAUUGAGAACGAGGUGGCUGCCACGCAGGAGUUCAGCAGCAUCCCUGCCACUUACUGGUGGGCAGUCAUCACCAUGACCACUGUAGGUUAUGGUGACAUGGUUCCACGCAGCAUUCCUGGCCAGGUGGUGGCGCUCAGCAGCAUCCUCAGCGGUAUCCUGCUCAUGGCCUUCCCCGUCACGUCCAUCUUCCACACAUUUUCACGCUCAUACGUUGAACUGAAGCAGGAGCAGCAGCGACUGCUCCAGCGGCGGACUCACUUCUUGCUGCGCAGCCGAAUGGCGGGCCUGGGCAGCAACAUGUCACUGGAGAGCGACGUCCUCUUCCCCAGCGCCUCGUCUGAUCCGAGAGACACGGACGACUGAAAUGGAAAUUACAUGGCUGAGGUUAGCUAUGUCAGUCGGGAGACACUGUUUCCAGUCUAAAUUGGGUCAUCCCUUCUGAAGCUUGAUGCAUCACGACAUUAGCUCAGGAGCUGGAGAUCAGCUAAAGUCCCAACCAGCAGGGGGACACAAGAGCAGAUAGUCUUUUUCCUAUGAAAGCUAGCUAGCUGGUUAUAAAACCCAGCUAGUUAGACAAUUAUUGCCGUUUGCUGCAUUGGCUAAGUAUUCUUGGGCAGGAACAUGUCCCUGGAGAGCAACAUCCUCCUCCUCAGUGCCACAUCUGAUCUGCGAAACCCUGAUGCCUGAAAUGAAAAUACUGUGGGCAAGUUUAGAGACGUUGUUUACCAGUUUAAAUUGGGUCAUCCCUUUUGAGACUUGACUCAUCAGGACAUUAUGAAAGUGUGCUCAGUCUUUUCAGUGCUCACUUCAGAAGGCCGUUCAGUGAAGCAGAACUCACUCACCAUAAUGCAUGUUCUAUACAAUGGCACUUUGUGUCUCCUUUACUACCCUUUGUAAUUCCAGUGGUACAAAAAGAAAGAGGGUCCCAUCUUAAAGUAUUGAUAAAACUAAACAUUUCUUAAGUGGUUACAUCACAGAAGUUGUAAUGAAAUCCAAAAUGUAUGUAUGUUUUCAUUCAACAGCAUAUUUUUGAAUGAUGAUGCAUGAGUUGAAAUGGAACACCUGAUCUAGACUAUAUCUGAGCACAAGACACUUCACAUUAAGCACAUCUGACAUGUAAAGGCCCAGAACAUUGUAAGUCUUUUGUAUUACGUUUCCAAAAUGUCGUAAUUCACAACAUUUUGUACAAUGACUUGAAGAUAUCUUGAAUGUCUCUUGUGCCCGUAAUUAUGUGUUGCCACACUCUUUUAGAAUUAUUUCUUAAGUACACAUUAAACAUGCGGUGAAUGGAUAAUAAAUUUGUUUUGAUUAUC